CCCAAACGCUGAUUCAGUGAAGUCGGCUAGGCGACUAGUUUACGGUGCGGAAUAAAAAGUUUCGUCAGCCUAUUUGUUGACCAAAUUCAACAACAUUCAUAUAUUUAACUACAACAUUUUUAUUCGAUUUACCAAAUAAAUGGUGUCUAAAGUUCCAGUACUCUUUUGGUUUGAUUGCAUUAUAUAAUUGGGUACAUCGAUAUUCGUUUCUAGUUUAAGCAAUUCAUGAUUAGUGCCAUCGCAAAUGUUUUUAGAAAGAUAAGGAGUUGUCAAAAGCUCUGUUUGCUUUGUAUAUAAAGCCAAACUAAGCGGCAAAACGAUCAGUGUUAACACAAGCUUUAUCAAGAACAGUGUACAGUGACCGCUCGCAAUGCUGUUUACAAUCGCCCUUUUGGGCGUGGUCUUGGCCUUGGCCUACAGUUUGCAUGUUAAAAUCUUCUCUUAUUGGGAGAAGAAAGGUGUUCCACACGAGAAACCUCUGCCUCUGGUUGGAAACAUGAAGGGAAUCAGUAGGAAGUACCAUUUCCGCGAUAUCAAUCAAAGAAUCUAUAAGAAGUUUAAGGGAAAGGCUCCCAUCGCCGGAAUGUACAUGUUCUUUAAGCGAACUGCCAUGAUCACCGAUCUGGAUUUCAUCAAGCAGGUGAUGAUCAAGGACUUCAGCUACUUCCAGGAUCGUGGCGCUUUCAACAAUCCCCGAGACGACCCCCUCACGGGCCACCUGUUUACACUGGAGGGCGAGGAGUGGCGGGCGAUGCGGCACAAGCUGUCUCCCGUUUUCACCUCCGGAAAGAUGAAGCAGAUGUCGAAGGUGAUCGUGGACGUGGGUCUUCGCCUGGGCGAUGCCAUGGAUAUGGCGGUAAAGGAGGCCAAAGUGGAGGGCGGCAAUGUGGAGAUCAAGGAUCUCUGUGCCCGGUUCACCACGGAUGUCAUCGGAUCGUGCGCCUUCGGGCUGGAGUGCAACAGUCUCCAGGAUCCAAAUGCCGAGUUCCGAGAGAAGGGUCGCGAAAUAUUCACCAAGCGUCGUCAUCCCGCCCUAGUGCAAACGUUUAUGUUUACCAACGCCAGGUUGGCCAGAAAAUUGCGAAUGAAAGUACUCCCCGACGAUGUGACCGAGUUCUUCUUGUCGACGGUAAAGAGCACCGUCGACUAUCGUCUCAAGAACGGCAUAAAGCGUAACGAUUUCAUGGAACAAAUGAUAGAGCUCCGAGCGGAGGACCAAGAAGCUGCCAAAAAGGGCCGGGGAAUCGAUCUCUCCCACGGCCUGACCCUGGAGCAAAUGGCUGCACAGGCCUUCGUCUUCUUCGUGGCUGGAUUCGAGACCUCCUCCAGCACCAUGUCCUUCUGCCUGUACGAGCUGGCCCUGCAGCCGGAGAUUCAGCAGCGGUUGAGGGAGGAGAUCGAAAGUGUGCUGGCCAAUGUGGAAGGAGGAGAGCUGAGUUACGACGUUCUGGCUGAGAUGAGCUAUUUGGAUCAGGUGCUGUCUGAAACCCUUCGAAAGCACCCCUUGCUGCCCCAUCUCGUUCGAGAGGUUAAUCGAGACUACAAAAUUCCCAGCACAGAUAUUGUGCUGGACAAGGGCGUCCUUGCCCUGAUUCCCGUCCACAAUAUUCAUCACGACCCUGAGAUAUAUCCCGAACCGGAAAAGUUCGAUCCCAGUCGCUUUGAUCCGGAGGAAGUCAAAGACCGCCAUCCGAUGGCCUACUUGCCCUUUGGCGAUGGACCUCGGAACUGCAUUGGACUGCGGUUCGGAAAGAUUCAGGCCAAGAUCGGACUCGUCUCGCUGCUUCGACGUUUCAAAUUUUCCGUUUCAAAUCGCACUGAAGUUCCUUUGAUACUUUCAAAAAAGAAUUUUCUGUUGGGUACUGAUAACGGCAUGUACCUGAAGGUUGAAAGCAUUUAAGUAUGCUUGACAUAAUAUAAGUUAUCUGCAAUGUUUAAAAUAAAAGAUAAUAAGCGCAAAGUACAUCGAAA